UAUCCUGAUGUAGAAACUUCUUGAAUUAUUGACGUAAAAUGAGACUUAUGUCUUGAAUGACAUCAAUCUAUUUCAUGACAAUUCUGUGUCGUAAAUAAACAUGGCAAAUAUUAAACAUAUAAUUACUUUUGUUAUGUUAUGGAUUGUUACUAUGCAUUUGUGUAUCGCUAAGAGUAAGAAUGAUGAGCUCGAUUCAGUAACUUACUCUUCAUUUUUGUCUGUAAAACCUCAAGAUGAUCCUUACUUUCCCGACGACCAGUGGUUGGUUAAUGCUAUACAAGAGAUUGCUUAUUAUUUACGAAAUCACAAGUUCAAUGAAUGGGACCGAAGGCAUAUAAAAAAUAAACCUAAAAGUAGCUCCAUCGGUUUUUAUGCAGCAUUUCCUGAACCGAAAUUAAGAUCGGUUCAUUGGCAAGUUCGAGAAAACUGUGGCCAAAAUUUUUAUAAAUGUAUAUCGUACCUAUAUAGUGUUAUAGAUUCUGCGCCGUUUACAAGAAGUGAUGAUGUUUCCAUGAUGUUAAGUAGAAAUGAAUCGUUCAGUAACGAUACGGCUAUCAGUGAUUUGAACAAGGACUGCAAAAGAUCCCUUAAAUACGCAGAAAAAACAGGUCUGCCAUUUGAUACACCGUUUGAUAAGUUUUUUUGGCGAACGUCAGCGUCUUACUACAUGUGCUGGUACACUAUGUUAGGAACACCUGCUUUAUCUAUGAUUGGAGAAUCUUGCGAUAAUUUUGCAAAUUGCUUGGAUUCAAAAUUGCGACAUAGAAAUUACGAUCCUAGAUCUGAUGACAAAUUAUCAUUCGCCUGUGCUAUUCAUAGCUUUUGCCCAGACCCAUGUUGUCCAGUCAAGCGCGUGAGGUCAAUAGAUGAGUGUCCUAAUAUCAAAAAGAAUCCUUGUCUAAUAGAAAAUAAUAAGUCUGCUAAUAUAUCAAACCGACAAUGUUUAUUUAAUCGUCAAGAGAAUCAGAAUUUGGAAGAUAUUAUUGCGAAUAAUUGGAAUGUUUCUUGUCAUUGUAAAGAAAAAGGUUUUGAAUGGAAGUCGAAAUUUGGAAUGUGUACAGAUAUUAACGAAUGCACAAACAACCAGCACAAUUGUGAUGGUAAAACACAGACUUGUUUAAAUUUACCGGGCAGCUACCAAUGUAUAUGUAAAUGGGAUUAUUUUUAUGACCCCGAGAUUAAAAAAUGCGUUAAUCGGAACAUAGUCCUAAAACCUAGCCGUAACGAAAGCUUUAGCUAUUUUAAAAUAUUUGAUGAUUUCAAAGGGUUUUUGGAAUUAAUUGGAUUAUGGCAUACUCCUUAGGGAUAACAUUUUAUUCGUCCAUCUGUGUCUUUGUAUUUAUAUGUUAUGUUUUCUAGUAUUUAAUUUUUUUAUACAAGUACCUUAG